AUGAGUGGACGGCACGGGGACGAUGAUGAGAGCUCCGGCUCCGCGUAUAGUUUGCACAGCGACCGCUCCGACUACGCACAAUCAAAAACCCCGAGGCGGUGGCGCUCACGGGUGCUGAGCACAGAACAACAAACGAGAAGUGGAAUCGAAAAGGAAGAAAUGGAAGAAAAAGAAGAGAGAGAUAAGUAUACUCAGCAAGAACAAGAACAACAACAACAACAGGAAAUACAUAAGCACAAACACAAACAUGAGGGACGUGAGAAGGUUGAUUCACCAUUUCAAUCGCGAAGUCAGUCUCGAUCAAGCAGUUCAGUAUCUGCUAACACUUCCCACGAGGGAUCAGUAUUGUCAAAACCGCGUAGUCCAUAUCAAAGCUAUCAGACUUACUAUGGAGACGUCGUCGCGCAGGUAAUGCAAUCAGAAAUUUCAAGUGUUCCCAGUGACUCUUUAAGGGAUUGGGGAAGUUCUACUAAUCGUUUACCUGGAUGUUUAUUAGAUCCACAAACAGAGACUGUAAUGGAAGAAUCUAAUACUAUCAUACAAAGAGAUAAUAAGGUUAUAUCACCAUUAUUGCUUUUAACUGAUAAUCGUACUAACGUCUUACAUGAAGAUCCAGUAGCUGUAGAAAUGAAGGAUUUGAGUGAUGUAGUUUCUGAUUCAAAUAAUCUUCGAAUAGGUGAUAGUGCAUUAGAAAAUAAUAAUAAUAAUAAUAAUAAUAAUAAUAAUAAUAAUAAUAAUAAUAAUAAUAAUAAUAAUAAUAAUAAUAAUAUAGUGGAACGAAUGAAAUAUGAAACACCUGAAGAUCCACGUAAUCAUAUUAUUAACGUAAUUAUUAAUAGUCCUACUGGUAGUGUAACACUUCAGUCAAUUCGUGAAGCCUUGCAAUGGGAUGAACAAUUUGCGGCAACUAAUGGAACUGUUUUUGAUUACCUUCAAGGUUAUCAAUCAAUAUUUGCAGUAUCACCUGUAGAUGAUCGUGUAACACUACGACGCCCUUUACAGAGGACUAAAGGACGUCGUACUAUUAGAGGUCCGCGUGGUUAUCAUGCUAUCUCUAGUCGUAUUGGAAGUAUUAGUUAUAGUUAUGUAGCGAAUGCCUUUGAUUUAGAUGCUCUUGCUGCUAUUUACAAACGUCGUGGAUAUGAAGCUUCUAUUAUUUUUAAUGUAUUGCAUGUUUCAUCACAUCAUGUUUUUGAUUUAUUUUUAUUUCCAUACGGAGUUGUGGUAUGGUGGGGAUUAAACCGUCGAGAUCAUUGGAUAGUGGAAGAUGAUUUUUUAUCAUCUGGCUGUUCUUAUGUUAGUGAGGCAAUUAAAGAACGUUAUUCUCAAAAAAGUAUAGAUGAAUUAUUUCCUUUUUGGUGUUCUUAUGAAUUGGAUGAACAAUACGAUUCUAGUUCAGCUGCCACAAAAAAAGAUGCUCUUGAUAGGUUUGCUACUCAUCUCUGUUUUGAUCAUUAUCUUAUUCCAGAUGUGGCUCCACUUCGGACUCAAGUUAUGUUAACAGUAUCUUAUUCACUCGGUCGUACUGCGGUUGUUGAUUUUUUUGAUAGUAUGACACAGAAAUUACAAAAACAUGUCUUAUCAAUACCUUCUGAUAUUAGAGGACUUCUUGAUUAUUUUUCUACACGACGUCAAAUAGCACAUCUUGAAGGAGAAUUACAUUUAUCACUUGUAGCUAUUACCGCACUACGUGAUACACCUGAAUUCCUUUGGGAAAUGCCCUGGUUAGAUGAAUAUUAUGAACUUUCAGAGAGACAAAAUUCAUCUGAGCAACUUUUAUCUUGGUAUUGUGCCAAAAGUGAUGCUUUACUUCAACAAUUAGCAAAUAUUAAAAUACGACGUUUUCGACUUUUCAUGCUUGGAUCUGAUGUCUUUUUGAUUUUGCUUUUGGUAAUAGACGUUUGCUUUAUUAUGCUACGUUUCAUUCUAAGAUUGUACUUUCCCUUGGAUAAAUCGAUGGAGUAA